AUGCUGCAUGGAAGCCGAAGUCGCACUUCCCGGGUGCCUCCUCCAGCCAGCCGAGCCCCUCAAAUGAGGGCUGCUCCCAGCAGAGCACCUGCAGCUCAGCCUCCAGCAGCAGCUGCACCAUCUGCAGUUGGCUCACCUGCCGCUGUACCCCGGCAGCCAGGCCUGGUGGCCCAGAUGGCAACCACUGCAGCAGGUGUGGCUGUGGGCUCUGCGGUGGGGCACACCCUGGGUCACGCCAUCACUGGGGGCUUCAGUGGAGGAGGUAAUGCUGAGCCCGCAAAGGCUGACAUCACUUACCAGGAGCCUCAGGGAUCCCAGCUGCUGGACCAGCAGUCUCGUGGGCCUUGCUCUCUUGAGAUCAGGCAGUUUCUGGAGUGUGCCCAGAACCAGAGUGACGUCAAGCUGUGUGAGGGCUUCGAUGAGGUGCUGUGGCAGUGCAGAAUUGCAAAUGGUUUAAUCUAAUCAAGAAUUCAAACUGAAGAAAUG